GAAAGCGAAUUAAUGUCCAAAUCGUGAAAAUAUGACCUGUGCAAUGUUGUGUGCAAUUUUUCCAACAUCAUGACACUUAUUUGGAGUCUGUGGCUCAAGUGGUUUGAAAGCGCGAAUAUCCAACUUCAAACUGUCUUUACCUCGGUGACAUGUUGCAUGUUAAGAACCUGGACUUUUAAUUUGGUUAUGAACUGCACAGCGCAAAAGGAGAGGAAAUCGGGGAAAAUAGGCAUCAUUGUGAGUGCGGCUGAGCGUUACAAGGAAUCCUUUCGAUUAAUGCUCCGUCCUCACGGGCACCUGAGCCUGUGUAAGGACGUUAUUUGAAUGUGACUGAAGGAGUGGGAUGGUAGUUUUAUGUAUUCAAACAACCAUCAAUGGAAUAGUAUUUUUGUUUUGUUUUGUUUCAAUACCCCGUGUAGUAGUUGGCGGCAAUACACCAAUAGGUGUAGUCUAACAUAAAACUUUAACGAAGAAGGUCUUCCAAACAGAUGUCAGAUAAUAGGCUGGGCAACGUAUCAGCUACAUACGUGUGCCAGUGCAAUUCCCUCGUCGCUCUGGAGGAGCUGAUUCGGCUAGCGUCAUCAGCACCAUCAUCGACUUGACUUCAUCACUCUCACACUAGCUAUGACAAUUACUUUGCCUACGAUUCGACAGCCAUCCCCAACAGUCAUUGAACCACAGCCAGCUGUUGAGUGCACUUUGCACACCCCGCAUAAAAUUUAAAGGACAUCCGAUUUGUUUGGUGCAAGCAGCGGCCGAUGUCCUGAACUGAAGCCGAAGUAGCCAGUGUGGGGCCUUGGGACGCCUGCGUUCACAUUGCAGUUUUUUUCUUGCAAACAUGGCGGCCCCUGCGCUAACCAGCCGGGCUGGGUCCGUAAAUAGCUUGGGAAACAGCCCCACUGCGACUCCCAGCUCCACGAACAAUAACAACAAGAUCAUGCCAAGCUACCCCGAGCUCGAUUUCAGGUCCGCGGCAAGAAUCGAGGAUUUGAACCGAAUGAUUCUGGAAUUUAGUAAACACGAUCAGCGAGAAUAUGACGACCAGCGAGCGCUCGAGAUUCACACCGCCAAGGAUUUCAUUUUUUCCAUGCUCGGUAUGGUGCAGAAACUGGACCAGAAGCUCCCUGUGGCCAACGAGUACCUGCUGCUGUCAGGUGGUGUGAGGGAGGGCGUGGUCGACAUGGACCUAGAUGAGCUGAGUGUUUACGCCCGCGGCACCGACUAUGACAUGGACUUUACCCUCCUCGUGCCUGCGCUCAAGCUGCACGACCGCAACCAGCCGGUCACUCUGGACAUGCGCCACUCAGCCCUGUGCCACUCGUGGCUGAGCCUACGCCUCUUCGACGAGGGCACCAUCAACAAGUGGAAGGACUGCUGCACAGUGGUAGACCACAUCAAUGGCGCCACCAACUACUUCUUCUCACCCACACUGGUGGCUGACUGGUUCUAUGAGUCCAUCAGCGUGGUCCUGGUGGAGAUCCAGAAGAAGCCCCAGCGCGGCAUGCCCCGCGUGGAGAAGGUGGAGCGGAACGGCACAAUCAUCUCCGUCAUCCUGGGCGUGGGCAGCAGCCGUAUGCUCUAUGACAUCAUGCCUGUGGUCUCCUUCAAGGGAUGGCCAGCGGUGGCCCAGAGCUGGCUGAUGGAGAACCACUUCUGGGACGGCAAGAUCACAGAGGAGGAGGUGAUCAGCGGCUUCUACCUGGUGCCUGCCUGCUCCCACAAGGGCCGUAAGGAGAAUGAGUGGCGCCUGUCUUUCGCCCGCAGCGAAGUGCAGCUCAAGAAGUGCAUCUCGGCCAGCCUGAUGCAGGCCUACCAGGCGUGCAAGGCCAUCAUUAUCAAGCUGCUGUCAAGGCCCAAGGCCAUCAGCCCCUACCACCUGCGCAGCAUGAUGUUGUGGGCCUGCGAUCGGCUCCCCGCCACCUACCUGUCCCAGGAAGACUUUUCAGCCCACUUCCUGCUAGGCCUCAUCGAUGACCUGCAGAACUGCCUGGUCAACAAGAUGUGCCCCAACUACUUCAUCCCACAGUGCAACAUGCUGGAGCACCUGUCGGACGAGAUGGCCAUGCUCCACGCCCGCAAGCUCAGCUCUGUGCGCUCUGACCCGGCCGAGCACCUGCGCACCACCAUUGAGCACGCCAAGGCGGCCAACCGACUGACCCUGGAACUGCAUUGGCGCGGCAGUGCCUCAAACCUGCCGUCGCCACAGUCGGACGCGGGCGGCGAGCACCAGCCGGAUGACCGCUUGGCUAAGAAGCUGCAGCAGCUGGUGACGGAGAACCCCGGAAAGUCCAUCUCGGUGUUCAUCAACCCCGAUGACGUGACGCGGCCGCACUUCCGCAUCGACGACAAGUUCUUCUGAGACUUCAAAAUAGAAAAAAGCUAUUCUUCUCCUCUCCCCACAUCACCCAUUCUCCCUUUGACUAGAUCGAUCGGUCGAGUUGUCAAAUUAGUCGGUUUCCCAAGUAAAGGUUGCCACAGAGCGUUGUGAGGUGCUUUUGUGCAAUGGUGUCUUCCCAUUUUGUUUACCUGUCCCCACACCCCACCAACCCUACAGUGCCGUGUCACCUUGAGAAGGCCUUUACAGGACUACAUGAAACAGGUGGAAGAAGAGGUACUGCGUCUUUCCUCGGAAAGUUAAGGAAUGGCUUAGUCCCUGUAGGGGAACUGAUGGUACUAACGCCAUAACUGUACAUAAAGAGAGUUGAGUGGAUAUGUGUGUGUGUGGACAUUGGUAUUAUUUUGCACAGAAUGUAGAGGCACACAGUUAUGGUGGAAGUUGUGAUGUGAAGUCUGAAAUGUUGCAUAUCUUUUAGGAAGGCAAUUUCAAUGGUCUUUUUUUUUCUCUAUUGGGCAAAAUGCUCUGAAUUAAUACCUACUGGUUUAGAGUUGUUAUUCCAAUAAGCUGUAUCGCAAUGACAAAAUGUUUCUAACUUUACAUUCUCUGUGCAUUCAUGUCCAUGUCCUAUGUGUAUAGUGAACAGUUACAGACGUAUCCAGAAUAUGCCAAAAACCUGCAGAUAUCUAACCGGCAAUGUGAUUCACAUAUCUUCAUCCUCAAGUGCAAUUAGUAAACAAAAACACACACACACACACACACCACACCACACCACACCACACCACACCACUCCACUCCACUCCACUCCACUCCACUCCACUCCACUCCACUCCACUCCACUCUACACCACACCACACCACACCACACCACACAUACAAGUGCUAACACUCAUCAUACACACUCCUGAUCAGUGAAAUGGUGUAUUUGUUACGUAUUUGUGAUAUUCCAGAACUCUGGGACCUUGUCCUUUUGUUUGUUUGUGUUAUAUGGAACUCGGAAACAUUUACUGUGAUUCUUAUUUUCCAUAUUGCUGCUGACCUUAUGAAGAUGUUUUAUGAUUGACUGGUUAUGCAAAUUAAGUGAACAAACACACAAUUAUGUAUUUUAAUUGGACAUGGGCGUAGCUACUGUGUACAUAGUAUUGUAAAACAGCAGUGGGAACCUGCUUGUAUCAUUUGUAUGGACCAAUCUGGCAGCGGCAUUGUCAGCACCAACGAAUCGCGUGGCCUGAGGUUCUUCAAAUCCUGUUGAGUCAAACCUGUCAUGGACCAAAUGAGCAACCUCACCAUCGGCAGGGAUCAUUUGCUCUCGAGUGGCGCAGCGGUCUAAGGCACUGCAUCUCAUUGCAAGAAGCAUCACUGCAGUCCCUGGUUCGAAUCCAGGCUGCGUCACAUCCGGCCGUGAUUGGGAGUCCCAUAGGGCGGCGCACAAUUGGCCCAGUGUCGUCUGGGUUUGGCCGGGGUAGCCGUCAUUGCAAAUAAGAAUUUGUUCUUAACUGACUUGCCUAGUUAAAUAAUAAAAAAUAAAAACACACUGCCUUACCAUCAAUUCGGACUAAUCACUGGACUGGCCUUUCCAACGGCAUACUGGCCGCAUUCCGGGCUGACUACAUUGCAGAUGCCUGCGAAAUCUCACAACGCCUGGAUAGCUGUCAUAUCACAUCAUAUGAGAUGUCAUAUCACAUCAUAUGAUAUAGCAAUCUGAUGCCUGUCUGUACAAAUCGAUUGACCAUGGGUUGAUGCAAUACAAUAUCUGCAAUGUAGUUAGCCUGAAACGUGACCAUACAGUAUGAGAAGGAGAGCAAGUCCCCCCAAUGAUCAAAUUAAAUUUUCUGUAGAUGGUAACACUAUAAUCAAGCUAAAAUAUAAUUAAACAUAUUUAACAACAACUCUAAAGAGAAACUGCUUGAAAAUAAUUGUCAAAACGAUGUUGUAUAACAUUUAACAGUUGCUUGUCUGAUGCACAUUAAUGAUACAGUAUGUUGCAAACAAUAUCAAUUUGUGUGAUGAAUAAAGAUGUACAGGAUCCUA